AAGGGUCUUGAUCCCCGCCCGGCGGAUCCGCAGAGCUUGGCGGUGAGGCUGGAGAGCUCCCUGGCGCGAGUCGGCGGCCACUGCCACGGCCGGGGCUGCCGCUGCAGGACGAUGGCGCCUUAGCCGCAUGCAGGACAAAGCGAGCGACGCGAAGGCUUUCCUCGCCGAGGGCUUGGCCUGCAAAGCCGUGGCCUUCGUCACUCGCUCGGCCGCGGUGGUGGCGGACGCGAGCGCCCACGACGAGCUUCACAGCCUCUUCCCGCGAAGCGAGGCAGCCACGGCGGCCGGCGCACAGCUUCCCGGCGACGAAACAUUGGAAAAGGCUCUUGCACACAGUGCGCACGGCCAUCCAGCAAGCCCCACGGAAGUCUGGCCCGGGCUCCACUGCCCCCCGCUUGGAAUACUGGGCGACGCGUCUGGCCGAGCCCGCAACGCUGAGGCUUGCUGCCGGGUGUCCGUAAUUAGCCGUCCUCCUCGGCGCCCCUCACAACGACUCCACAAUCGCCAACCUGGGAGCCCGGCUGUUGGAGCCCUGCUGCCGCUGCGCUGGGACUGGCACAAAUGCGCGACCUCUUUGGCCGAGGCACUGCCUGGGGCCGCCGUCUUGGUUCUUGACGCUACCAUCGCUGUCCCCGUCUUGGCGCCAUUUUGAACUUUUUGGGGGCGGUAUGGAG